UGUGUAAAUAUAUAUAACAUGGCCUCGUCUAGUGGAAACUCCAAUUCUUCAGGUUCGACCCUGCUUCAGAAUUCAGGGUCUGAAGAAGAUUUGCAUCAGUUGAUGGAUCAAAGAAAAAGAAAGAUAAUGGAAUCCAACAGAGAAUCAGCGAGGAGAUCCAGGAUGAGAAAACAAAAGCGUUUAGAUAAUUACCAGAUCCUCACAAACUUCAACUUCAUCACCCAUCAGUACUUGAACAUGGAGGCUGAGAACUCGGUUUUGAGAGCUAAGAUCAUAGAACUGAGUCAAAGACUGGAUUCCCUGAAUGGGAUCCUUAAUCAUCUCAAUAAUCCCAGAAUAAGCAAUGGGGUUUAUGAAAGUGAAGCUUUUGAAACAAGUGGUAAAAAUUUCACCAAUUUCAUUGACCCAUUCAAUUUGGCUUAUCUUAAUCAACCAAUUGUGGUCACUGCAGAUGUUUUCCAGUAAUGAUCCACCAUUACUAAAUGGGUUUAAAAAUCAAUUGAAUUGUGAACUAGAAAGCAAGAGCUGCCUGCUAAAUAUAUAAUCAUGGCUCUCU